AUGGUCAAUCUCGCGGAGGCUCAGAAGGUGUUCAACCUCGUGCAGGGCCUGAGCAAGCAGCAGCAGUUCGUGAAAUAUAUCAGCAACGCGGGUCUUCUCUCCGUGUUGCUCGAGUCGAUCACGAAGGGGAAUGGCGCCGGCGCGACGUUCCUCGUGCCGUCCCCCGACGCGCUGCAGUCGCUGCCGCCCGCGUCGCCGUAUUUUAACAACCCCGCGCUCGCGCGAACGACGCUGCGGUACCACAUGAUUCUGGGGAAGCAGAUGGACUACACGGCGCUCGUGGAACGACCCGCGGACACCGGCUUCCCCACGCUCGCCAAGGAGUCGGUUUUCAAGUCAGAUGAAAGCGCAUUCUUCACGGUGGUCUUCCGCUCCGGUAGCGGUCGCUCCACAUCCACUCUGCUCGCACCCAACCUCGCCAAAACUGAGUUUUUCCAGGUGCACCUGUCCCUCUCCUCCUCCUGCUACUCCGUCAGUUCCCUCUCCUUCCAUUCCUUCUCCUUCUGUUCCUUCUCCUUCCGUUCCUUCACCGCCUCCCCUCAACCCCUCACCUCCUACCACUGUCCCCUCGCCUCCUCCCCUCAACCCCUCACCUCCUCCUCCUAG